AUGGAGAAGAAGGAAUACAAGCUCAAGGACCUACCGUCCCUCUCGCUCGCUCUCGGCGAGAAGCGUGAGGUCGAGGUCGAAGGCCUCGAAGGGGCCAAGGUCCUCCUCGUGAAUGCGGCGGGCAGGAUCCAAGCGGUCGGUGCCAAGUGCACCCAUUACGGCGCUCCGCUCGCCAAAGGCGUCCUGACCGCGUCGGGACGCUUGACCUGCCCGUGGCAUGGAGCUUGCUUCGACGCGAAAACGGGCGACGUCGAGGAUGCGCCGGCGCUGGACGCCCUCCCCGUCUUCCCCGUCACCGAGCGCGACGGUGCCGUCUACGUCACGGGGGACGAGGCCGCCAUCCGAAACUCCCGCCGGUCGGCCCGCAUGAACUGCGCCGUGGCCGCCGCGGCAGGUGCCGGUCGAGAGAGAAUCGUCGUCGUCGGCGGCGGCUCCGGCGCUCUCGGCGUCGUCGAAGGCCUCCGUGAAAAGGGAUACGCCGGCGCGCUCACCAUCAUCUCCAACGAAGGAUACCUCCCCAUCGACCGACCGAAGCUCAGCAAGGCGCUGCUGACGGACCCGGCCAAGCUCGCUUGGCGUGACAAGAGCUGGUUCGAGGCCGGCUCGGUCGAAUGGGUCGACGGCGAGGUGACCGACGUUGACUUUGCGGCCCGCUCCGUGUCGACGAGGUCCGGUGCCAAGUUUUCCUACACCAAGCUCGUCCUCGCCACCGGAGGCAGGCCGAGAAGGCUUCCGCUGCCGGGCUUCGACGACCUCGGCAAGGUAUUUACCCUGCGCAACGUGCACGACGCAAAGGCCAUUGUCGACGCCAUCGGGGCGACGGCCGAGAAGCGGAUCGUCGUCGUCGGCUCCUCCUUCAUCGGCUUGGAGGUGGCCAACGCCACCUGCAAAGCCAACUCGGUCACCAUCGUCGACAUGGCUCGCACUCCCUUGGAGCGAGUUCUCGGCGAAAAGGUCGGCGCCAGCAUCCAGCGGUCGGCCGAAGGCAGGGGCGUCAAGUUCUGCAACGGCGCCGCCCUCGACAAGGCGACGUGCUCGACCUCGGACCCCGCCAACGUCGGCGCCGUCCACCUCAAGGACGGAACGAGGCUCGAGGCCGACCUCGUAAUCCUCGGCGUCGGCGUCGCGCCGGAGACGGAAUUCCUGCGGGAUAACAAGAUGCUGCGGCUCGAGCCGGACGGUUCGAUCAUGACGGACGAGAACUUUGAGGUCAGAGGGCUCAAGGACGUCUACGCCAUCGGCGACAUCGCCACCUAUCCCUACCACGGCCCGGGCGGCGACGGGAAGCCGAUUCGCAUCGAGCACUGGAACGUGGCCCAGAACGCGGGACGGACGGCUGCUGCGCACAUGACGGAUCCCUCCGCCCGCAGGCCCGGCUUCCUACCGGUGUUCUGGUCGGCGCUCGGCGGCCAGCUGCGGUACUGCGGCAACGCGGCCAACGGGUGGGAUGACGUGGUCCUGCAAGGCGAUCCGGCCGAGGCCAAGUUUGCUGCCUACUACUGCCGAGGCGAGACGGUAGUGGCCAUGGCUAGCAUGGGCAGGGACCCGGUCAUGGCGCAAAGUGCCGAGCUCAUGAGGCUCGGGAGGAUGGCCAGCAAGAGCCAGCUGUUGCAAGGGAUGGAUGCCAUGGAUGUCGGCGUACCGCCGUAG